UCUCAAAGGGUUCCAACAUCGUCUUUUUUUUUCGCGGUUGGCGACUUUCAUCAUGUCGCAGGACUGGGGGAAGGAUCCGGUAGACUCGCUCACGACUGCCCGACAAGGUCAUAACACGAAGACGUUUGACUCGCCGUUCAUGGUCGACCCGACAGUCGACGGCAAGCGGGACGACCCGGUGUGGCAUUUCGUGGCCAGAGGGCGUUAUUUGGAUGGGUCGACGACGGCGGGCAGGAAGAGCGGUCGUCGAUGCCUGUGCAGGUUGUGCGGGCGUUCGAUUUGUGGGGGCGCUAAAGCCGCCAAGGAGCACUUCUCGAAGAGCGAGAAGUUCCGAUGUGAGGCAGUCACUCCUGCUGUGUGGAAUGCGAUCUGGUCGAAGGACAUGACAAAAUGUCCAAAGGAGUUCRCGUCGGCCAUAGAAACGUUGCAGAGCCACUUGCCAGGUCAUCCGAGCUUGCAGUGGCCACCUCUUCGAUUCCCCGAGGACGCAGUGCCGCCGCUGGUUCCUCCCACCGCCCCUUCUGGAGCCGUCGCAUCGCCCAAUUCUGGGGCUCUGGCCAUUCGAGUCACGGUACCGCGUCCUGCAACAACAGUUGCAACACGACCGGCAGCCCCGCCGUCUGCGCCGCUGGCUGGGACACGAGGUGCUUGCGAUGUGGGAGUUGGUCGUUCCACGCAAGCCAACGAGCCCCCGCCUCUGAGGGAUGGUAAGGGCUCUGCGGCAUUUGACGAGGAGAGCACACGUGCAUUUAUUGAGAGUCGCAGCGGGAUGCCGUUCAACAGCACGAAGCUUGAAAGCUUCAAACGCAUGUUCACGAUSAUAAUCCCGCCGGGGGUUCCAGGGGCGCCCGCGCCUAGACUUCCCUCGUACCACAUGCUGCGCACGACCCUUUUGGACGAGCUGGAUGGUGAGGUCCAGAAGUGUGUUCGGCCAGUGCUUGACACRUCGAGAGAGACCGGUUGCACAAUCAUGACCGAUGGUUGGACCAACAUCCGUGGUCAGACGUUGUGCAACUACCUUGUUGGUACAGAGAUCGGGGUGGUGUAUGUGUCCACCGACGUCAUGCGUGGCAAAAAGGACGCCAGUGCCCUCGCGAACGCAUGGUUGAAAAGGGUGAAGUCCAUGGACGUUCAAUUGAGAGACAUCACGACGUUCGUGACGGACUCCGCCGGGGUGAACGUCGCGGCGAUGGAGGUAUUCCAAAAAGAUGAGAGCAUGAAACACAUCUUCUGGAUUCCUUGCGUCGCCCACAUCAUGGAUCUCAUUCUCGAGGACAUCGGCGGGAUUGAUUGGGUGGCUUCCCGCAUUUCUCAAGCGAGGCUGGUUACAAGGUUCUUCAAACGCCAUGGACAUGUGAGAGAGGUUCUUGAGGCGCACUCGACGAAGACUCUUCUGCUACCGGCGGAGACGCGUUUCGGCACGAACGUCAUCAUGAUGGAGAGGCUGGUGGCACUGCGGGCCGCGUUGACAGAUGUUGUGGCCGAUGAUCGCUGGCACGAGACUGUUUGGUCAACCAACAAGAUCCGCAAGGAUGCAGCGGAGGUCACUGCACGUAUCGGCUCCCCUCCAUGGUGGGAGGAUUUGAGAGCUCUGUGCAAGAUGCUAGAGCCCAUCAUGGGCAUGCUGAAGUUGGUGGACAGCGACACACCCCAGAUCAGCAAGAUUCUGCGACGUUACGAGGAAAUGAUUGCAUCUUGUUUAUCCGCAUGUCGUGACAUUGAUCGGGAGCAGCAAGACGCUAUUGUGGAGGUGUUCCACAGGCGACGCACCAUGUUCAAGACCCCCGCCCACACGACAGCCACGCUGCUAGAUCCAGAGUUUCGGGACGCGACGCUUUGUGACGAUGCGGAGGUGCAGCAGGCCUUGGUCGAGGCCCUUGUCCAGUUCGGCUACCCGGAGGAUUCGCCRCAGCACCGGGAGGUCCAACGAGCGGUYGCCAAGCUCCACACGAGGGAGCCSCCUUUCGAUGAGCUCACCAUGCGGCGAGCUGCGGAUAUCUUUGAUCACCCUGCCAGUUUUUGGUCCUCAAAGAAGGCGAAGUUCCCUCACACGGCCGUGUUUGCAGGCAGGAUCCUUCGUAUAUGGGCGACCGCCUCACCGUGCGAGAGAGUGUGGUCUCGUUGGAACUUCAUUCAUUCGAAGUCUCGCAACAGGUUGGAGGUUCCCCGGGCUGAGAAGCUUGUGCGGUGCCACUGGAACCUCAGGCUGCUCGAUCGACCUUCGUUGUGCGACGAUGGUGUUGGAGAGAGGUCCGGUGUCUUCGGGAAAUGGGUGCAUUAUUGGCAGGCCGUGGAGGACGAGGCAGCCGUGGACCAGCAGCUCGUCAGAGGCACCGGUGUUCUGGCGAAGGUGACCGAGGAGGAGUUGAGCCUCGCCAGAGAGAGGAUGCGCGCCAUUUUCCGCAUGGGAGCCGAGCGUCGAGUGGCGGAGUCGGACAGGAGGCGACGCAGGGCUGGUGGUCAGGGACGUGGCGGCCGUGGACGAGCACGUGUCGGAGGACGUACACGUGGCGAUGCGGGUUCCGCUCCUCGGACUCGGCGACAGCGGACGGAUGGUGGCAUUCGCAAGGCCCGCAUGCGUUGGGACGAGGGUGACUUCUUGUUCGACAGCACAUCCAGCGACGACGACGAUUUCUUUGCGGUUGACGAGCGUGUGAACGGCGAUUUUAUGCCCUGUGGUCGCUACGUUUUGAAGCGGUUGAGACACGGGGGUAGGCGGGAUGACAGUAUUGCGUCUCGUGUACGCAAACGCCGUGUCCACAUUGCGAUCGACACGGGGGCACGUGACAUGCGGCAGGACUCGGUUGCCGUGUCAGAGGACGAGAUGGGAGAUCCUUUAAACGAGACGCAGCGCGACCCGGUUCAUGCAGAGGAGCUAGCCUCAAACACUGAUGUGAUAGUGACGGAGGAGGAUACAGGGUUCAGGAUCACUCAUCCCCGGUCGCCAGCGCUGGUUGUUGGCACAGAGGAGGAGACGGAGUUCGGAGGACCCGGUCCACUCCGCCAGGCGCAGACUCGGUGCACUCCAGCAGGCGCCCCAGUCCACUCCACAAGAGCGGGUUUGGAGGACGGCGAGGCACGACGUGAGCCUCCUCCUCACACGAGUGACGGCGGUCUAGAGGAGGGAGAGGUUGCACCCACUCCCACUUGUGGAAAGGACGGGGAGGACGAACGUCCUCCGACGGACCACCACGUCGGCCUCGACUGCCCGCUCGACAGUCUUCCGCCCACCGACGAGCUAUUCACCAUGGAUUCCGCCUUGGCAUCUCUGCCCGAUAUAUCGCUACUGAUAUCUCCCACUUUGUCGGUUGUGGCACCACCGGAGCCUGCUAGACGAGAUGACGCGCGUCGUGACAGAGGGUUCGACGAGUUCGGCGGCGACACGAUACUGCAUCCUCCAGAGUCCGGGACUCCCGCCAUUUUUCAUGUCGGUGCACCGUGGGCGGUGGAGCAGGGGUUGGCGGAGGAGUUAGCACGGAACCGUCGUGGUGGACCGCACGUCGCAGCUCAACGUAGUCUGGAAGGUUCACUAGAGGCAGCGCCUGGAGAUUUUUUGGCGCAGGGGGGUCAUGGUUCGCAGCUGUUAUCGGACGGCGUGUCAUCAGUCCAUCCACCAGAGGAGGGCCCGCAGCAAGAGCCACAUCGAGGGCCAGCGGAGACUUUAGAGGCGAGGCCUCCCGGAGUUAUCCACUCGGACGGAGGCGAGGGCGUGAGCGAGGAUAYAGCGCAGCYARGGAGCGCAGAUGGUGGACGGUCCUUCAGGGGGGGCAUCGAGCGCAGAGGGUCAUCGACCGCACACCCCAGCAUUGUCAGGCCCAGCACACAUGACGUUGGAGACGGGCACACAGAUGAGCCUCGACCGCAUUUGACGGGGAUGCGUGACAUUAUGUGUCCACCACCCUCACGCCCCUCUGCCGCUGAUCCUGCCGCCCACGGGCAGGCCGCGCCGAGCGCAUUGCCUACGAGGUCUUUCUACGACGGUGCGGGCAUGGACCGGAGGGCGGGCGAUAUCGGACAGACAUCAGCAUAUGGACCGGCAGAUGUGCCCGCGGGGGCGCGAUCGAUCGGUAACGUCGAUGGCACUUGUCAUGAUUCCAUGAGAGCUUACGAGGAGCAGCAUGGGAGGCCUAUACGGGCCAAGACGAGCGAUGUCAACGACACCAGGACGGCAACUGCGAGGCUGUUUAGGGUGAGGAAGAAGGGAACAGUGGUCACACCCACGGAAAAGCAGAUCUCGGGGGAAGACAAAGCUGCAAAACCUAACAGUGAAGGCGACGUACCGCCUGUUGCGCCCCAAAUUAAACAUUAAGGAAAAGGUAAAGGAAAACUGGAGAUCCCAAUUAAAUGU